AUGAGCGAAGUGUCCGGGAUUGUCGCUGCAGAUACUGGGGAAUUUUUGGACAAUGAAAUUCCUCCGAAAAAAGCCAAAAUAGAGGAUAAUUCGGAGAGUUCAACAAGUGCGAUAGCGGAGCAUUACAAUGCAUUGCCCGAUAAAGGCAUCGAUGAACGAACAGAAAGUCGCAUUUUUUACCUUCGCAAUUUCAAUAAUUGGAUGAAAAGUAUGCUCAUCGGUGAGUAA